AUGAAGAUCUUCUUCAAUUCCAGACCACGAUCGUUUAUUUUGGUUUCAAAUGAUUAUGCCUUAACUUUACAAUACAUGUCAUCAAAUGAGCAAUGCUUAAUCCAUUAUACGCCUGUUUCAGCUACAGAUUUUACAAAUUAUCAAGAAAGUACUACUCUUCAUUACUAUGGUCUUGCUGGUGUGCUACAAGUUAAGAAUUAUGUGUUUCUUUGUGUGAUUACUGAUCAAUCACAAAUUGGAAGUCCAAGACCAUCAGAAGUUAUUUAUAAAGUACGAGAUGUUGAGUUUUAUUGUUUGAAUUCUUCAGAGUUUGAUAAUUUAACAAUGAAUAGAUAUAAUUCUGAAUCUUCAAGAGAAAAAUAUGAAAACGAACAUCCAUGUUCCAAGAUCAGAAAAUUGUUAACAUUAGGUUUUUAUUAUUCAAGAGAUUUUGAUAUGACAAAUAAUCUUCAAGAAAGAAAUUUAAACAGUGAUUUACGAAAUUUAUUCACAAAUUAUGAUAAGAAAUAUUUAUGGAAUUAUUUCAUGAUUCAAGAGUUGUUAAAUUUUAGAAAUAGAAUUCUAAGUUCAGAAAGAUAUUAUUUAGAUAGAAGUGAAUUUUUAACUUUUUUAAUUAGAGGUUUUGCCAAAACAGUGAAUACCAAGAUUGGGAAUGAUGAUUCCUUGGUCACUGUUAUUUCAAGGAUAUCAUGUGCCAAAUCCACUGGACCAUUUGGUCUUACUGGUGUUGAUGAAGAUGGGUUUGCAUCAAAUUAUAUUGAAUCUGAAUUUUUAUUAUACAACAAGAAUCAUUUUCUUGCAUACACUCAAAUCAGAGGGAAUGUUCCAUUGUUUUUCGAAGUGGAAAAUGCAUUAUUAUCUAACAAGAAGGUUGUUUUCACUAAAAAUGAUGAAAUGAAUGAAGUUGCAUUGGAUAAACAUAUGGAAUCAAUGAUGUUGAAACAUGGGAACGUUUAUGUUAUAAAUGCAUUAAAGAAUAAAACAAAUGAAGAAGCUUUAAGUAAUAAAUAUAAACAAUUGGUUUCCAAGAGAGGAAUCCCAAUGUUCAAUAUUGAUAUUUCAAGAGAUUCAUUGAAAAAUUCACCUCAUAAGUUAUCAUAUCAAUUAAAAGAUGCAAUUUUGGAAAUUGGUGCAUUAUGUUAUGAUAUUAAGAAGAAAGUUUAUGUGGGUAAACAAUUGGGUAUUUUCAGAAUCAAUACAUUAAAUUCAAUUGAAAAACCAGGAUUAAUUGAAAAAGUUAUAAGUCGAGAUGUUAUUGAAUUAUCAUUAAAAGAGAUUGGUAAAGUUGCAUCAAAUGAUUUAAUAUUAAAACAUGAUUUAGUUUGGGAUGAAAAUAAUGCAGCUUUAUUAACAGUUUAUGAAAAAUCAUCAAGAAGACAUGGUAAAAAGGCAUUUGAAGGUAUUUCAAACACUUCAGUUACAUUACAUGAUCCUAUUCAUGAUUAUAUUUCAAUGGAAUUGGGGAAAAGAAGAGCUGAAUAUUCUUCAAAUAGUGAAAUUUCGAUAUUUACUGGUAGUUUCAAUGUUAAUGCAGAAAUGUCUGAACAAGAUAUAAAUUCAUGGAUUUUCCCCACAGAUGAAAGUAAUUGUGAUAUAGUUGUUAUUGGAAUUGAAGAAAUUGUGGAAUUAACUACAAGUAAAAUGCUGGUUACAGAUUUAACCAAGAGGGCAUUUUGGGAAAAUAAAAUUAAAAAAACUUUAAACACUAGAGGGAAAUAUUCAUUAUUAUGGUCAAGUCAAUUAGGUGGGAUUGUCUUGAUAUUAUUUGUUAAAGAGGAUAAAUUGGGGAAUAUUAAAGAAAUUGAUGGGAAUUUCAAAAAAACUGGAUUUGGUGGUAUGUCAGCAAAUAAAGGUGGUGUUGCAGUUAGUUUUCUAUAUUCAUCAACAAGAUUUUGUUUUGUUGUUGCACAUUUAGCUGCAGGAUUAGAAAAUGUUGAACAAAGACAUAGUGAUUAUAAAACUAUUGCUAAAAACAUUAGGUUUGCACGGAAUAGAGGUAUAAAAGAUCAUGAUGCAAUAAUUUGGAUUGGUGAUUUUAAUUAUAGAAUAUUAUUAUCAAAUGAACAAGUUAAAGAAGCUAUUUCACAAGGGAAUUAUAAUUAUUUAUUAGAACAUGAUCAAUUAAGUAAUCAAAUGAUUGCAGGUGAAUCAUUCCCAUAUUUCAAUGAAAUGGAGAUUAAAUUCCCACCAACUUAUAAAUUUGAUAAAGGUACUUCAACGUAUGAUACAUCAGAAAAAUUAAGAAUUCCAGCAUGGACAGAUAGAAUUUUGAGUAGAGGUUCAAUUUUACAACAAGUAUUAUAUGGUUCAGCACCAAAUGUUACAUUUUCAGAUCAUCGACCAGUUUAUGGGAUUUUCAAAGCUCAAGUUACAGUUAUUGAUGAAGAAUUGAAAAAUAAAUUAACUAAAGAACUUUAUGAAAAAAGGAAAUUGGAAAUUUCUAAAAAUGGUGGUAAUAAUAACAACAACAGCAACAACAAUAGUAAUGUCAACAACAACAAUAAUGAACGUAAAUUAUCUUCAGGGCAUGGAUUACCACCACCUAGUUCAGAUAAAUCCAAAUGGUGGAUUGAAGGUGGUCAAUCAGUUAAAGUUAAUCUUGAUAAAGGAGAGAACAAUGUUGUUGUUAAUCCAAAUCGUCCAAUAAACCCAUUUGAACCAACAUCUGAGCCUGAUUUUAUAAAUAUAGAAUAG